CCCGACAUUCGACCAUCAACGUCUUCCUGCACUCAUGGGCGCUCUAAGGAGCCCAGUUCGUAUGGAUCGGUAAUGUCACUUGACAUCGACUGGCAGCUACUGCUCUCGCCAGAUUGUUCUCUCGCCGAGAAACUCAUAGAUAUUCUCAACGAUCAUCUCAUCUCCGCCUCCCGUCCGUCUUUCAUUGGCCCCAUUCAGGUCACCAAUUUUGCUUUCGGGAGCGCUGGCCCAGACCUGGAGAUCAGGGAUAUACGAGACGUGUGGCGCGCUUUCGAAGAAGCAGACGAUGCGGGCGACCAAGAUCAGGCUUCGCUGCACCGAAAGACUCCUCCCGUAUCACAACUCGAUGAUGAGGCGUACGAUAUCAUCUCCGCAAACGAUGCGAGAGACUAUUUCAGCGAAGAUGACGGCACAGGAUUGGACGAUACAUCUAUAUACUCUGGUCUAGCAUCUCCUCGGCAGUCCGUUGGUGCUGUGGGCAUCGGGAUUGGGUCGUCAGCGCUGCAUUUUGGCAUGGGCAGAGAUUAUGCCUCGGCGAUCAUGUCUUCACUGCCUGCACAACAAAAUCCUUCGUUGUUCUCGCAGCCUCAUUUACGGCCUCGGAGGGGCCCCAGGGGUCUUUCGGUUCCCUCGAUGGUUCAACAUGCUGUCCCUCCCUCGUCUGGCAAUUCGCCAUCGAAGCGGUCGGGAGGCACAUCAGCUUCACCGAAGAGCCCUCUUCCUUCUGUGCAAUUGCAUUUCAGACUCUCGCACCGGUCAAACUUGACCUUGACACUUCUCACGUCUCUUUCCAUCAACUACCCGGCUCCCUCGUUCAUGUCGUUGCCUCUGCGCCUUACUGUGACUGGACUCGAGCUAAAUGCGGAUAUUGUUCUGGCAUAUUCGAGCGAUAGGAACAGAGUCUAUGUUACAUUGGUGGACGAAGAUGAAGCGGCAAUCAAUUUGCCUUUGGGUGAGCGACUCUUGCCGUCACUAUCAAUUGAGAGCGAGAUUGGACAUACGGAUGCGCAUGUCCUGCGCAAUGUGGGCAAGGUGGAAAAGUUCAUCGCGGAUGUGAUCCGAAAGACGCUGGUGGAGGAGCUCGCUUUUCCCAGCUUUCAGACGAUUGCUUUGUAAGAGAUCGUUAGUACACAGAAAGUCUCCCAAUCCAAAUCAUGACCUUGAGAACUAAACA